AUGAUCAACCCUCAAGACAGAUUCUGGUCCGAAGGCCAGAACUACUACGGCCCGAGAGACAACCCCACCACCGAAACAUAUUGCAACGUCUGGGAUUGGGAUCAAAUUCGGAUGCUCAAGAUCAAAGGCACCGCCAAACUAUUUCCACCCGAAGAAGAUAGGGAGCUCUCGAUUUUGGCGCGAUUCGUCGAUAAUCUAUCGCCGGAAGUUCGCGCCAUCACAGUCGACGACGAUGGGCUCCUUACCGGGGUUUCGACAAAUCCAGAAGAGGACGAAACUCUAUUUUUUGCAUAUAUUCCUCUCUCACUAUGUGGAUCGCUAGCCGAUUGCCGUACAAUCCAGUACUCUAAGCUCCAAGAGCUUGACCGGCUUGGACCAGGCGUUGAUAUUGUAUCGUACGAAAACGAAUCUAGGAUUCCCCAAAAGGUUGUUUUCAAGUUUAACGUCUUGAAUAAGCCUUUGAGAAUGCAAAUGGCCUGGGAUGAAAUCAACAUUCUUACGAGACUGCCGCCACAUCCUAAUAUCAUACCAUUCGAUCGCGUUGUCCUUGAAGACCAGGAGUCCCGGGUAAUUGGCUUCACAACGAAGUACAUCCUAGGUGGAACUCUCGCCAAUCCAAAGAUCCCUUUUCGAUUCGAGUGGCUGCAACAGCUUACUCAAGUCGUGGAUUUUCUCAACCUAGAACUAGGGAUUAUGCACCAAGAUAUCGCUCCCCGAAAUCUACUGAUCGAUCCUUGUACAAAUAAGAUCGUUGUCUUCGACUUCGACUGGGCUGCAUCCGGGAAGAGACGGUUAUACGAAGGUCGAGAUGAUGUUACUGGUAUCGCCUUUACACUCUACGAGCUUAUCACGAAUGAUACUUCCUUCUCGGAUAUCCCCCACUGGGAUCGACAUAUAGACAUGGUGCAAAGUAUCGAAUGGAUCGUCAAUCGCGAACUUGACUCUGACGUAUCGAAGUUUCGCAACUUCUUGAGCGAAUGGAUAGCAACGCGAAGAGCCGACGGGGAUAUGGAAAGGUAUCUCAAAGCACCACACCGAGUUACAUGGCCGGACCUGCCAACACCGCCCGACUACGAUGUACCAUUCGAGAUAGGUACAACCCGGGAUGGCAAGCCACACUGGAUGACUGGCCGCCGGUCUAGAUUCACCGCAAUGAAGAUGGAGCAAUAUUGCUUUCGCUGGGAGAGGCCACCACAGAGCCGCUCGUUAAUCGAGGCUGUGAAUAGUGUAUAG